AUGUCAAAGACUUUCACAAUUACCGCCUUAGCCGCAUUGGGAGCCACCGUCGGCUACGCAAUCUAUUUCGAUUACCAAAGAAGAAACAAUGUCUCCUUUCGUAAAACUUUGAAGAAGAACUCCAAAAGUUACCAGAAAAAGUUGCAAAAGGACAAAGAACAAUCCAAAAAGCAAACUUUAGUUCUUCUGAGAAAACGUUUAGAGCAAGCUUUGAAGGAGGAACCGGUUUUGAGCGACGUCGCUGAGAAGGAACAAUACUUUUACAAACACAUCACUCUCGGUGAGCAACUCUCAAGCGUCCCCAAUAAAGAGAUUGAUGCCGCUAUCGAGUUCUACAAGGCUCUUUCUACCUACCCAAACCCAACUUCCAUCUUGAACAUCUACCAGAAAUCCGUUCGUGAGGACAUUUAUGAGCUUGUUGUUAUGUUGAUCGCAAUUCAACCCCCGCAGGCCGUGGUGAACAUUUUAGGUGAGUCUUCACUCCAGUCAUCUCACGGCGAUGAUGUCGAGUAG